AAUUGGCCAGUCAUUUGUUUUUUUUUGUUUUUUUAACUACUCUGUUUCUAAUUCUGAAGGAGCACUCAGAAGUGCACAUGGAGUCUUGUAAGGACAUUGUUGCAUGCGAAAGGCAGCCUUUGUAAAUCAGCCUGUAGAUCAUCAAGAAAAUGGAAAAAAGCAAUACUCGGUGCCACAGACUAAACUCAUCACAGCUGUUGGCCUGCUUCCUUUCUUACUGGUAGCUCUAGAUGUACAGUACAUACAAGGAGGAAUCUGUGUGACAAGGAAUGCUGUAAAAUUGCUAAACUCUCAAAUGGAAAUAAUGAUCAUAGACCUAACUGUUUGUGUUUGUUUCAUAAUCAAGCAAAAUUUGGUAGGGUUGGCAUACUGAAUGUACUCUAAUAGCUUGUGAUUGUUUUUGAGAUCUGUCACAUGGGUGUUUGGGCUCUCUUAAACAGCUGUGCAGUGCAAUCCAAGAAUAACAAUUAACAAAAUGCUCUAUAUUUCAAAUAAACUGGUCCUGUUUUGGGAAAAAGUACAAAUCCUAUCACUGUGACUGAAGUAUAGGAAGUAGUAGCAUCAAGAAGAACACCCAGAAAUCGUCAUUAAUUUGUCCCAGGCUGCUUUACAAACAUAAAUGAUUACAUUACGGUAACAAUAAAAGAUUUUUCUGUAUACAGUUUUACUGUCUGUUUACAUUAAGGACGUGUAACUUGUACCUACAUUCACCACAUUUCAAAAUAUUUGUUCUAAGAAGAAAUAGUUCUAUGUAUCUAGAUGGAACGCUUUCGUAUCAUGUGAUGGCAUCUGAAAUAGAAUGGAACUGGAAUUCGUUUCAUUCAGGAAUAUACAGACAUUCUGCCGAAGUGCUUCGUAACGGUAUUGCCAUGACAACCAGAACGUGCCUUUCCUUCUAGUCUCAUACACCCCGCGCUCUCAUUCUAUUUUUACUGGCUGCUUGUUGAUGUGCUAUGCAUAAGUACAUUUGAUGCUUAUGCUAGCACACAUUUAGUAGUUAGUCUGCUAUCCUAAUACGCUAAUUAAUCACAGCCACAUACCUUUCAGAAAAAUAAAAAGGCAUUACAAUGCUACUGACAUCUUUGUUAGUUUACCUGACGGGCCACCUGGUAAAUGCCGACACUAGCUUCGUUUUGACACGGAAUUACUCUCCGCUCUGCGUUUUGGCUAAAGCACAUUGUAUGUGUGAUUCUCGCUGCUGUGGUGUGUUUUAAAUAGAUACUGUAAGCUAAACUUGUCGCACUGCGAAGCUUCAAUAUUGUUUUGAUACUCGGAACAACAGAAAGGGGGUGUGGGACGCGCGCCGCAGGACGCAUGCUCGCUCUUCUCUUCAUCCGGGUACCUGCCGUUGACUGUGUGGGUACGGAGGCGGGAAAUGGCGUCCAGAGGUGCGGGGAGGACAGAGGUGAACCUCGUCUGAAGAGGCACGAGAAUAACAGCAAGUGUCAGCAGCCCUGAAAUCGACCGUUAUCCUGCGACUCGAUCCCCGGAGAUUCGUCCAUCUUACAUGUGACUCUUAACAAAAUGAGGCUGAGAAUGCGCAAGGCUUCUCAGCAGCCGAACCUCGCCCGCAGGCCCUGCCCGGCCCGAACCAAGCGGAAGCACUCAGAGAUGGAGGAGUGUUCGGGUGAUAGCAAGGGCCUUCUGUCCAGCAUCAAGAAGUUCAUCCAUGGAAGUUCCAUAAAGGUGGAGCAGGACAACCCAGCAAAGAGGAAUCGUCUGAGCUGCGAGCUGAUCACCUCCACCCCACAGAGGAAAAAUGACCUGCAGAGGAAAAGCAUCUAUAGGGCUCGCAGAAGAAGCUUUGUCAAUGGAGAAACCACAAACCAUGACACGAGUAAGCCUGUCAAGCCUAACGGGAAGUUGGAGGACUCUGAGGAGGUUGUGAGCAGUCCACCCCGCACCACUCUGCUGGGAACCAUCUUCUCUCCUGUCUUCAAUUUUUUCUCACCAGCAAAUAAAAAUGCCUCGGAUUCCCCAGGCCAGGCAGUGGAGGCAGAAGAGAUUGUGAAGCAGCUAGAAAUGGAGCAAGUAGAAGAGAUGCCCACCAGUACUGCCACAUCUAAAGAGCCCCUAAGUGUCCCUCUCUAUACCAGUGCCAUGCCCUCGGCCUUCAGACCUCCAGCCUCCACUCACACACCUGCAGAGGAGAGUGAAACCCCACCCCACUCUGACCUGCCUCCUCUUACAGCUCCUGGCUCUCCUGCAACGGGGGGGUAUGUGGAUGCCUCCAUCACUGUCCCAGCUGAAGGAUCAUAUGAAGAGGAGUGGGAAGUGUUUGACCCGUAUUUUUUCAUCAAACAUGUACCUCCACUAACAGAAGAGCAGCUAACUCGCAAACCUGCGCUCCCUCUGAAGACUCGCAGCACUCCCGAGUUUUCCCUGGUGCUUGACCUGGAUGAAACUCUUGUCCAUUGUAGCUUGAAUGAGCUGGAUGAUGCAGCACUAACCUUUCCUGUACUCUUCCAAGAUGUCAUAUACCAGGUUUAUGUGCGGUUGAGGCCAUUUUUCAGAGAGUUCCUUGAACGCAUGUCACAGAUUUAUGAGAUCAUUCUCUUCACUGCCUCUAAGAAAGUUUAUGCAGACAAGUUGCUGAACAUUCUCGAUCCGAGGAAACAGCUGGUGCGGCACCGAUUAUUUCGCGAGCACUGUGUAUGUGUGCAAGGAAACUACAUUAAGGAUCUGAAUAUCCUUGGACGGGAUCUGUCCAAGACGAUAAUUAUUGAUAACUCACCACAAGCCUUUGCUUAUCAGCUUUCCAAUGGGAUCCCAAUUGAGAGCUGGUUUAUGGACAAGAAUGACAGCGAACUUCUGAAGCUGGUACCUUUCUUGGAGAAACUGGUGGAAUUGAAUGAGGAUGUGCGGCCACAUGUUCGCGAACGGUUUCGGCUUCAUGACCUCCUUCCUCCUGACUGAGCGCACAUAGUGGGACGGGACAGUAACAAAGACAACUAAUGCAGAUAUACGUUUUGCAUUACACCGUCAUUGCCAUUUAAUUUUGAAAUUAACUUUUUUUUUUUUUUUUUUUUUAAUUCCCCUAAAUUUUCAUUGCAUACAAAAAUGACACCCUUUUCGGCACUUUUUUUUUGCCAUUUGUGCAGUCAGAGGGGUUUGAAGUUUCUUGUGUGGUCUCUUCAGUUGUUUCAUCCAGUACAAAUUGAAUGUGUAGCAGUCAGAAGAGAAGAGGAUCAUGUUGUCUUUUGGUGCUUCAGUGGGAUUGGUUGACACUGUUGGGCUUUGACCAAUUUCACCAGGAAUGGCCAGUAAGAAAAUCAUACUGUUUGACAGAAGUUAGAUGCUUGUGAGUGAAUGUUUUUUUUUGUUUUUGUUUUUUGUUUUUUUUCUAUGCUAAGUUUCAUUUUUCAUUUAUGUUUUCAGUAUGCAUUCCUCCCCAUCUGUACACUUUGCUUGGUGUUUACUUCAAAUCAGUGUUCUCUCAACUACUGGCUUGUUUUGUUUGCCAAAUUGUGUUCAUUUCUCAAAGAGCAUGUUCUGGGUAGAUUAUUGUUCUGUUCAUGAAUGAUGUGUUUUUUCAACCCAGUGGAAUCACUUUUUUUUUUUUAUAUAUGGUGUGAUUGAGAAUGGUUUAACCCAGUGAUGUCUGUUUUAUAGAGAAUGGUUUGCAGUGACUAAAUUCUUAAAUAGUUCAAAUAAGAAGUUUCCUACCAAUGCAUCAGAACUCUGCAGCUUUUAGCUGUUGUCCCUCCACAGAUAUUUAUUCGCCUUUUAGGAGCCAACAACAUUUAGUAGCACCUCAAAAAGGUAUUUUAUCCGCUACUGUUUUAUUACUUUUUGUUUUGUUUUUUUUUUUUAAAGUGCCGUUUUGCUUCUUAUUGUUUCAUAUUUAGCCUGUGUAUUUUUUUAAUAUUUUAGUUUUUUGAAUUAGUGUUCUUUAAAGAGAUGUCACCUUUAUGUUUUCAUUACAUGGAAGUAUUUUCAUGUUAACUUUUGGAGUUAAAUGUAGCAUGUGCCCAGAGCUAAUCUAUUCUAACUGAAUUGCAAAGGAAAAUAUGAAGGGCUGAAGCCUGGUAGAGCCCUGUUUAUAGCACCAGCAUAAGAACAGUCUCAUCGCUGUGGUUUAAACCUGACCGCCUGAUGUUGUGGUUUUUCUUUCAUUCUGGGGAGGGGGGGGGUUUAGCUCUGUCAAGGGGUAUUGUGUGACAUAAGCUAGAUGAAUGAGUAUGCACCAUAGCCUGAGAGUAAGGGAUGAUAAUACUGCAAAAAAAAGACGUUUUUCUUCAUCUCCAUUCUUCUCAUAUUGCCUUUUCAAUUCCAGUUAUACGCGAUACUUCAAAUACAGAGUAUGAGUUGAAACUACAGUAGUGCCAUUCAGGGUGAGUAAAGCAGGGCCAGGCUAGUUGUAUUCCCUUCUCUCUUGUUCCGCUCUGUGUCCUGUUUGUAAAUGGUUUUGUUUUGGAAAUGAACAUGUUCAUUUUCUACUCAUGUCGCUGGUGCCAUUUAUGCUGUUUGUGUUUACAGUUUUCUGAAAAAUGGGUCAUUCUUAGUAAUAGACAAUCACUGAUUUCGUCAUUUGUCUGCGUUGUAUUGUGACCCUGUCGUAGGUUUUUUGCUUGUUUUUGCUGGAAAUAUAAUUUUUCAACUUUUUUUUUUUAUAAGGCCUUUUUUUAAAAAAAGAAAACAUCUGGUAUGCAGUAAAGAAAAAUGUUCUCAUGUAGUGUUUUUUAAAUGGUUUUUAAAAUUGUAAUUAUAAAAAUGAAUUGCAAGGUGUUCAUAGUGUAAUUCUAAAUAUCCUGUGGUACUUCCCAAUUGAAAGAGAAGAGGAAGGACAAAUUGUGAUCCCAAGGAUCCUGCUCUACUGACAAUUUGUUUUUUCUGUUUGACAGAGUCCACAAGCACAGUAUUUCUCUCAUAGAAUAGACCGAUUCAGCAAUGGCUGCAUGUACAUUUUGAACAUGGUUAAACAUAGUAAGUAGCAUUUUAUUAGUGUCAAGUAUUCCUUCUUACAUUGAUGCAAAAAAAUGAAAGGCAUCCUUAGUCCAGAAUGAUAGCUCAGAUGUUGGGAGGUGGGUUGCAACUACCGUUAGGCCCUGGCACUUUCUUACAAAGAAAAAUAUUUUGUAUGAUUGUCAAAGAGCAGUAGUGUAUUAAGUGUAAAACAUAAUGCAGAGGUUUCAUAUGUACAAGCAGUUCAUUGUAAUGUGGAUUACUUUUGUACAAAGCAUAUUGUACUAAAAACAUGCAGCUUCAUGAAAAAAAAAAAAAGUUAAAGGAAAAUCUUUUUUGUAUUUUUGAUUAUUUGUAUUCCAAAAGGCAUGUCAUAUCUAUUUUUCAAAAUGUAUUCAUUUUCAAAUGUAUUAAUGCAGAUCUAACUUGUCAUCAGUUUUUAGUUUUUCAUCUUACUGUACCUUUGUAUGUAGUUGGCACAAUCACUGAACAUUCUCCGCAUGUAAAAAGCCUGCAAUGUGAGAGUUGGGAUUUUAAUCGAGGCACUUUUUUGCAGAUGAAUGUUUCAGGUUUGUUUUCUUUUCUACUCUUCAUCUUGGAAAGCCAUAUGGCUUGCGAUUGUCCUUGAGCUGCAUUGGCGAAACACUCUAGGUCUAAAUGUCAUUUCCUGAAACAUGUUAUUUAAGAUUGUUCAUAUAAUGGAAAUUAAGUCUUUGGAAAAUUGCAUGCUCUUUUAUUUUAAUGUUAGCUUAUGUCAGAACAACAUGUUAGAUACUUAAGAAUGGAUGGUUGUAUUUCAUGUCUUUUCUGCUUCUUCAUUUUACCAUCAAAUGGUGUGUAACAUCAAGGAGAUUUUAUGAAAAUGAUUAUGACUUGUA